AUGCCCCCCGCAAGAGCUGAGGAAAAGGGCGAGUCCUCGACCGCGGCAUCCAAAGCCGCCUCCUCCAAUGGCUCGCCGAACCACGAGCUGCCAUGGGUGGAAAAGUACCGCCCCGUCUUUCUCGACGACGUCGUCGGCAACACGGAAACGAUUGAGCGCCUCAAGAUCAUAUCCAGAGAAGGAAACAUGCCCCAUGUCAUCAUCUCGGGCAUGCCGGGCAUAGGAAAGACGACGAGUGUGCUGUGUCUGGCUCGGCAGCUGCUGGGCGGGUCGUACAAGGAGGCCGUCUUGGAGCUCAACGCCAGCGACGAGCGCGGCAUCGAUGUCGUCCGCAACCGAAUCAAGGGCUUUGCGCAGAAAAAGGUGACGCUGCCGCCGGGCAGGCACAAGCUCGUCAUCCUCGACGAAGCCGACAGCAUGACGUCGGGCGCGCAGCAAGCGCUUCGGCGGACCAUGGAAAUCUACUCCAACACUACGCGAUUCGCCUUUGCCUGCAACCAGUCCAACAAGAUCAUCGAGCCUCUUCAGUCCCGAUGCGCCAUCCUCCGGUACGCCAAGCUCACCGAUGCGCAAGUCGUCAAGCGGUUGAUGCAGAUCAUUGAGGCGGAAAAGGUCGAGUACAGCGACGACGGCCUCGCGGCUCUCGUCUUCAGCGCCGAGGGCGACAUGCGGCAGGCCAUCAACAACCUGCAGUCCACCUACGCCGGCUUUGGCUUCGUGUCGGGCGACAACGUCUUCAAGGUGGUCGACUCGCCGCAUCCCAUCAAGGUGCAGGCCAUGCUCAAGGCAUGCUACGAGGGCAGCGUCGACUCGGCGCUCGACAUUCUGCGGGAGCUGUGGGGCCUGGGCUACUCGAGCCACGACAUCAUCAGCACCAUGUUCCGGGUGACCAAGACGAUCCCGACCUUGAGCGAGCAUUCCAAGCUUGAGUUCAUCAAGGAGAUUGGCUUCACGCACAUGAAGAUCUUGGAGGGCGUCCAGACGCUUCUGCAGCUGAGCGGCUGCGUUGCCCGCCUGUGCAAGAUCAACAUGGAUCCGAAGCGGUUCGUUGCGCCAGCGAAAUGA